UGCUGGUAGAACGUGUCGGCGUAAGGUUCAACGCUGGUUCAAGUGACGUGUGCUUGUAACAUACGGAUUUCCUUUUGCAAACAGAAGUUUUUUUUGUGUGUGGUGCUCCUCAACCCGUCGCCGUGCACCACCUCCCGCCCCUUCAGUGUCACCAGCCGGUACCACAACACAUCCUCUAAGCCGGCAAAACAGCACUACCAGACACUGUAGCCGACCAGGGUGAAACCCUGGGCCCUCUUUAAACUCUACCACAUCGGAACCGUGACUGUGAAUCUGUACCUCCAAUUUAGUGAAUUGCGUCCUGCACAAAGUACUUUAGAAUCCCGCAUAGGCUAAUACCCAACGCGUACCUCCCACUAGGCGUUUAAUUUUGAGCGCAUUCAUUUUUAUUAGUUAGAAAUAAGUUUUUGGCUUCUCCGAAUCGUCUCAACCCCAGCUGCCCAGUGUUAGUUUUUUAAGGUUUUAUUUUUGGAAAGCGCGCGCGUUUUCCACCACAACCACCAGCUAGUGCAAAGAAACAGCGGCUGCAACGUCGCUAGAGUUGAGUGAAAAUCCAUCACUGCAACCAACAACCACAUCACCAGCACCAUGUCGAUGUGUGGAGCUCAAAUUGCCUUGACGGCCCUUAAGAAGGUGCCACGUGUCCGGGUCUGGUCGCUGUCCAAGAAUGCCUACUCAACUCAGGUCGAGUACAAGCCCAUCCGGUCCGUGCUGGUUGCGAACCGCGGCGAAAUCGCCAUCCGUGUCUUCCGGGCGUGUAACGAGCUGGGCAUCCGGUCGGUGGCCAUCUACUCCGAGCAGGACCGGCAGCACAUGCACCGACAGAAAGCCGACGAGUCGUACAUCGUUGGCAAGGGCUUGGCCCCGGUCGAGGCCUACCUAAACAUUCCAGAAAUCAUCCGGGUGUGCAAGGAGAACGACGUGGACGCCGUGCAUCCCGGAUAUGGUUUCCUUUCCGAGCGUUCGGACUUUGCGCAGGCCGUCAUCGAUGCAGGUCUCCGCUUUAUCGGUCCAUCGCCGAAGGUGGUCCAGCAGAUGGGUGACAAAGUGGCCGCCCGUAAGGCUGCCAUCGAAGCGGGCGUUCCGAUCGUACCGGGAACGGACGGUCCCGUGACGACCAAGGAGGAAGCGUUGGACUUUUGUAAGAAGCACGGAUUGCCCGUGAUCUUCAAGGCAGCUUACGGAGGAGGUGGUCGCGGAAUGCGAGUCGUGCGAAAGAUGGAAGAGGUCGAGGAUAACUUCCAGCGAGCGAGUUCCGAGGCGAAGGCUGCCUUUGGUAAUGGUGCCAUGUUUAUUGAAAGGUUCAUCGAACGGCCUAGGCAUAUUGAGGUGCAACUGCUGGGUGACAAAGCUGGCAAUGUGGUUCAUCUGUACGAACGUGAUUGCUCGGUUCAGCGGCGGCACCAGAAGGUGGUGGAGAUUGCUCCGGCACCAAGACUGGCCCGUGAAGUCCGUGACAAGAUGACCGAGUACGCUGUCAAGUUGGCCAGACACGUCGGAUACGAAAACGCCGGUACCGUGGAGUUCCUCUGUGACGAGACCGGCAACUUCUUCUUCAUCGAAGUGAACGCCCGUCUGCAGGUCGAGCACACCGUGACGGAAGAAAUCACCGGAAUCGAUCUCGUUCAGUCCCAGAUCCGUGUCGCUGAGGGAAUGACGCUGCCAGAGUUGGGAUACACUCAGGAUAAAAUUAAAACUCAGGGCUAUGCCAUUCAGUGCCGUGUGACCACCGAGGAUCCCGCCAACGACUUCCAACCCAACACGGGUCGUCUGGAGGUGUUCCGAUCGGGCGAGGGUAUGGGCAUCCGUCUGGACAGUGCCUCCGCUUACGCCGGUGCCAUUAUCUCGCCGUACUACGACUCACUGCUGGUCAAGAUCAUCUCGCACGCUUCCGACCUGCAGUCGUCCGCUGCCAAAAUGAACCGUGCCCUGCGCGAGUUCCGUAUCCGCGGUGUCAAGACCAACAUUCCGUUCCUGUUGAACGUGCUGGAGAACCAAAAGUUCCUCAACGGUGUCCUGGACACGUACUUCAUCGACGAGCAUCCGCAGCUGUUCCGCUUUGCCAAGACCAAGAAUCGUGCCCAAAAACUGCUGAACUACCUCGGAGAGGUGCUGGUCAACGGACCCACCACUCCACUGGCCACCAAGCUGAAGCCGGCGGAAGUGAAACCGCACGUACCUCAACUACCUCUGGAUCUUUCGCCAGAAGCACUUGCUGAUGAAGAGGAAGGCAGAAAAGUGACCGACCCGCCCCGUGGAUUCAAGGACAUCCUGCGCGAGCAAGGUCCCGAGGGCUUCGCCAAGGCCGUCCGAUCCCAGAAGAACCUGCUGCUGAUGGACACCACGUUCCGCGAUGCGCACCAGUCGCUGCUGGCCACGCGAGUCCGUUCGCACGAUCUGCUGAAGAUUUCGCCGUACGCGUCGCACAAGUUCCACAACCUGUACGCCCUGGAGAACUGGGGCGGUGCGACCUUCGACGUGGCGCUGCGCUUCCUGCACGAGUGCCCGUGGGAACGGCUGGAGGACAUGCGCAAGCAGAUUCCGAACAUUCCCUUCCAGAUGUUGCUGCGCGGUGCCAACGCCGUCGGUUACACCAACUACCCGGACAACGUGGUGCACAAAUUCUGUGAACUUUCGGUCCAAUGCGGCAUGGAUAUUUUCCGAGUUUUCGACUCGCUGAACUAUCUGCCGAACCUACUGCUGGGCAUGGAGGCCGCCGGUAACGCCGGAGGUGUGGUCGAAGCUGCGAUCUCCUACACCGGAGAUGUGAGCGAUCGUACCAAGACCAAGUACGACCUCAAGUACUACACGAACCUGGCCGACGAGCUGGUGAAGGCUGGCACCCACGUACUGUGCAUCAAAGACAUGGCCGGUCUACUUAAGCCCCAGGCGGCCAAACUGCUGAUCUCGGCGAUCCGCGAGAGACACCCAGACGUCCCGAUCCACAUCCAUACGCACGAUACUUCCGGAGCUGGAGUCGCCUCGAUGUUGGCCUGUGCCGAAGCCGGAGCCGAUGUGGUGGACGUGGCCGUUGACUCGAUGUCCGGCAUGACUUCGCAGCCCAGCAUGGGAGCGGUGGUUGCCUCGCUGCAGGGAACUCCUCUGGACACCGGCUUGAACCUGGCCGAUGUUAGCGAGUACUCGGCCUACUGGGAACAGACCCGUACCUUGUACGCUCCCUUCGAGUGUACGACUACGAUGAAGUCCGGAAACGCCGACGUGUACCUGAACGAAAUUCCCGGAGGUCAAUACACCAACCUGCAGUUCCAGGCCUACUCGCUGGGUCUGGGAGACUUCUUCGAGGAUGUCAAAAAGGCGUACCGGGAGGCUAACCUGCUGCUCGGAGACAUCAUCAAGGUCACCCCGUCGUCCAAGGUCGUGGGAGAUUUGGCUCAGUUCAUGGUGCAGAACCAUCUGACCGCCGAGCAAGUGAUGGAACGCGCCGAAGAGCUGUCCUUCCCCAAGUCGGUCAUCGAGUUCCUGCAGGGCGCCAUCGGUACUCCUCACGGUGGAUUCCCGGAACCGUUCCGCUCGCGCGUUCUCAAGGACAUGCCACGUAUUGAGGGCCGUCCCGGCGCCUCGCUGGCUCCGCUCGACUUUGACAAGCUGAAGAAGGACCUGCAAGAAUCUCACCCAGACGUGUCGGAGCGUGACGUCAUGUCCGCUGCCCUGUACCCUCAGGUCACGAACGACUACCUCAACUUCAGAGACAGCUUCGGACCCGUCGACAAGUUGGACACCCGCGUGUUCCUCACCGGACCCAAGGUCGGUGAAGAGUUCGAAGUCACCAUCGAAAAGGGCAAAACGCUCGGCAUCAAAACCCUGGCCAUGGCUGAGGAUCUCACUGCCAACGGUGAACGGGAGGUGUUCUUCGAACUGAACGGUCAGCUGCGAUCGGUGCUCAUCCGGGACAAGGAGGCCGUUAAGGAACUCCACAUCCACCCCAAGGCCACCAAGGGAAACAAGGACCAGGUUGGUGCUCCGAUGCCGGGAUCCGUAAUUGAAAUCAAGGUCAAGGUCGGCGAUCGCGUCGAAAAGGGUCAACCGCUGGUGGUUCUGUCCGCGAUGAAGAUGGAAAUGGUGGUCCAAUCGCCCCGUGCCGGUGUCGUCAAGUCGCUCGACAUCAGCUCCGGCAUGAAGCUGGAGGGUGAGGAUCUGCUGCUGACGCUGGAGUAAGUCGCGCGGUAUGAUGUGCGAGGAGAGAAUCAACAAAAAGACAUUCGGUGUAUAUUCGCGCUUCGUUUGGAAGUGUUUUAGCAUGUGGAAUCACAAUCAUUUAAUGUUAGUGCCGAAGGGAUCCGCUUACAAGUGAGACAUACUUAAGAAAUUUCGUCAUUUUGUGUCUUGUUACAGUUCUGUUUUUGUCAUAGGCAACUUUUUUGUUACGAUUUUAGAUUUUAUGUUUGUUAGAAAUCACAAAAUACAUUUGAUAAAUACUCAG